CUCCCCCUUCCUUACUCUCUUCUUUUUAUCUUCCCAUUCCUCUCUUCAUUCUUCUACUAUAUCCGGUGACUACUUGAGUCUGUCAAUUGCGACUUUUACUACCGGUUGCGGAUCAAUUCGACUUGCUCUCCUACCACUACCACAUACACUUCGGUGAUACAACAACCACCCUUCGAAAAACCGAACAGAAAAGAAAAAAUCACCAAGGGAGGAUAUGCUGAAACCCCUUUAACGGUCAACAUCCUCUUCUUCAUCAUAAUUCGGUCCUUUCCCUCCCUUCUGCAACAACGGAGAAUUUGGCGAACCCUGAAAUUACAUUCCUUUGCGAAAAACCCUGGACUCGUCCUUUGACAGGAUAGAAGUCAUUCCUUUUCUCCUCUUUCUAACCCCGGAUUUUCACUCCUUCGUCUAAAAUCCAUAAAAUUUACACACUCGACAAGAUGUUCAAGAAGCCUUCGUGUUUAAAAAACCGGCGACAGGCUGGUGAGAAGGGCAGCGCCGGCAACAGCAAAGAUGAUUGGUCGACCUUCCCAGUGCGCCAGCUUUUCGUACUAGCGCUCUGUCGCAUCUGCGAACCAAUCGCUUUCAUGUCCAUCUUCCCUUAUGUCUAUCACAUGGUCGAGUCGUUCCACGUGACAGAUAAUGAUCGCAAAAUCGCCCUCUAUGCCGGCAUGAUUACUUCGUCCUUCACUUUCGCGGAGUUCUCUGCUGGUAUGUUUUGGGGCCGGAUGAGCGACAAGAUUGGUCGCAAGCCCGUCCUGAUCAUGGGUCUGAUUGGCACGGCCAUCAGUAUGAUCGUCUUUGGUUUCGCUCCCAACCUAGCUACCGCCAUGAUUGCGCGCGCGCUGGGCGGUCUGUUGAACGGCAACAUCGGUGUCCUGCAGACGACGGUAGCGGAAAUUGUCACGGUCAAGGAGCAUCAACCCCGGGCCUAUUCCAUCAUGCCAUUCGUCUGGUGCUUGGGAUCUAUCGUUGGCCCCGCGAUGGGCGGUGCGUUGGCACAGCCAUGCGUGAGUUACCCGUGGUUGUUCCAGCGCGGUACCAUUUUCGACCAAUUUCCGUUCCUGCUGCCCAACAUCGUCUGCGUUGUCGUCCUUGUCUUUGGAAUCGUCGUCGGUUUUCUCUUCUUGGAGGAGACCCAUCCUGAGAAGAAACUCCGGCGGGACCUUGGUCUCCAGCUUGGGCAUUGGCUCGUUGGCAAAUUCUGGGGCUCGGGCGUGCAGCUAUCAGAGGAAGAGAAUAUCUCCGACAACGAGGACUACUUUGACGUGCCCCCACCGGAGUACAGAAGCAACGAAUCCACUCCCCGCUUGGGCCCUGUCAUGUCCAACAAUGACGACAUUGAGGGACAACUCAAGAAGGAGGAGACACCCAAGGCAUUCACCAAGCAGGUCGUUUUCAACAUCAUCGCCUACGGAAUUCUUGCAUACCACAGUGUUUCGUUCGACCAACUGAUGCCCGUCUUCCUCAGCACACCCAAAUCCGACGAUAAUGUUGCCCUCCCCUUCCAGUUCACCGGCGGCUUGGGUCUCCAGACCAAGACCAUCGGUUUCAUGCUCGCUGUCCAGGGAGUGUAUUCCAUGAUCGCCCAGCUUUGGCUCUUCCCCUUUGUCGUGCGAAACUUUGGCACCCUCCGAACCUUCCGCUUCGUCCUCUGCGUCUGGCCUCCUCUCUACCUGAUUGUGCCUUAUCUCAUCCUUCUCCCCGCAAAGCUUCAGAUGGCCGCAGCCUAUGUUGCAUUGAUCAGCAAGAUCACCUUCCAUGUCAUGGCCUUCCCCGCAACUGCCAUUCUCCUCGCCAAUGCUGCUCCCUCUUCCAAGGUGCUCGGUUCCAUCAACGGUGUGGCCGCGUCCACCGCCAGUCUGAGCCGUGCUUUCGGACCUACAGUCACUGGUUUCCUCCACUCCAAGGGUCUCGAGAGCCACUAUUCCGUGCUCGCCUGGUGGGCUUGUGGCAUCGUCUGUGUGAUCGGUGCCAUCCAGAGUUUCUGGAUGGAAGAGACCGACCCCAAGGAAAGCACCCCGCAGCCCGAGGAGAAGGUCGGACACCACGACUCCAAGACUCAAUUCCAAAACUCGUUCUUUCACGCUGGCAAGGAAGACGCUAAACCGGAGGAGGAACAGAGACUCCUCUCUCCUACCCGCACCAGCCUCGAUGAUUUCGAUCUUGCCAACAUGAACAUGAAGCUGGAUGUUCCUGAGCCACCACGCUCAGUGGAAGCUUAACUUUCGUUUCUUUUCUCUUUAUUUCAUUUUGCAUUUUUCACUAUCUCAUAUCUACAUUUGGAGGCAUUUUUGCGUUUUGAUCAUAGCCAGUUUUGCAUAUUCCUCGGUCG